GCUCCGAGAGAUCCAAUUUGAGAGAACCUCGCAACGGGUCCUGUUCGCCUGAGUUUCGGGUCGGCCAACGAGUGCACUACUCUGGUGACUCCCACCGGACCGGCAGCGUGAAAUAUAUCGGGCCAGUGGAAGGUUACACGGGAACGUGGAUCGGAGUUGAUUGGGACGACGGGAACGGCAAACACGAUGGCUGCCAUAACGGGCUGCGAUACUUCGAAGCUUCCAGCAGUACAUCGGCAUCGUUUGUACGGCCGAACAAUCUCAGUGCCGGCAUUUCACUCUUGCACGCCGUCGAGCUCCGGUAUGGCACGGCUUCUAGUAAAGAAGAUGAAGACGAGAUGUAUGUUUUCUCUGCAAGCAACAAGCGAGUAACGGUCCAGCUUCUCGGUAAAGAAGAAAUUCAGAAUAAACUGAGUCAUUUUGAGGAAUUGAAAAGUGCAUCAUUGUCAUAUCUAGGAGUUGGCUAUGCUGGAGAUCCACACCACAUUACUACAACUAUACCUAAUGUGAAGGAGCUUGUUUUGACUGGAAACCUGCUCUCUGAGUGGGAGGAUGUUGGUGUAAUCUGCACAGCGUUAAAUGCUCUUGAAGUUCUGAACCUAUCCCGCAACAUUAUGUCACAUGAUAUAUGUGGAAUGCCCAUGUUAAAUGCUAUACGAGUUUUAGUUUUGAACCAUACUGGAAUCAGCUGGAAGCAUGUUGAGAUUCUUAAAGAUUCCCUUCCUAUGAUAAAAGAGUUACAUUUGGUUGGGAAUAAAUUGAAAGAAAUAAUGCCAUCAUCUUCAGCUUUUGUUCAGGGGUUCAAGUUUCUUCAUCUCCUUAAUCUGGAUUGUAACUGUAUAGAUUCGUGGGGUGAAAUUUUGAAGCUUUCACAACUUGAAAGUUUGGAGCAGCUUUUUUUGAAUCACAAUAAUAUAAGCUGCAUCUGGUACCCUGAUAAUGUCACUAUGUAUGAAACCCUGAAUGUUGAUGAAUGUAUUGCCGAAAGCUCUAGGCCUUUCAAGAAUCUGCAUUCCCUUCUUCUUGGUAACAACAACAUUAAAGACCUGGAAUCCGUUGAUUCACUGAAUAGUUUCCCGGAUUUGUUGGACGUCAGACUUUCAGAGAAUCCAGUAGCAGAUCCAGAAAAGUGUGGCAUGCCCCGAUAUGUUUUGGUUGCACGUCUAGCAGGUGUAAAAAUAUUAAAUGGAAGCGAGGUUAGUACUCGGGAACGGAAGGAAUCAGAGAUUCGGUAUGUCCGAUUGGUCAUGUCUAAGAGUAGGGAAUUUCCACAAGAAAUUGAGCGACUUCACCCAAGAUUUGCUGAGCUUAAAAGAUACCAUGGAAUAGAGGAUGAAAAACUGCAGAGUGGACCAACUGGGCCCCAGAAAAUGGCAGCAGGACUUAUUUCAAUUACCAUGAGGUGUGUUGGAGCAUCAAUCUGUGAAAAGCCCCCACUUACGAAGAAGUUGCCCGCAACAACCACGGUUGGGAAGCUGAAGAACCUAUGUGAGAGUUUCUUCAACCUAAGAUCUAUCAAGCCCAAAUUAUUUCUUCAUGAAGUGGGGGCGCCAUUGCCAACAUUGCUAGAUGAUGACACGGCAAAUUUGAAUGAUGCUGGAUUUGGAAAUGAGUCGGUCGUUCUUAUCGAUGAAGAGUAAUGGUGAUGAUCAUUAUCUCAAAACUAGAAAGAAUCAGAACAUCUCAGACUGGUUUCAUAGAGCUUUCUACUCAAAAUUCUGGUUUAGUUAUGUCUGUGUGCGUGACUGCGUGUGAACCUAAACUCGGAAAACAUAAAAAAGCUAAGGACUAAAACAACAUCCCAGCCAAUCAAGAUCAAGCUGAGGGCUAAAAUCCUGGCCCCUCAUCCUGCAAAUUUGCAAAAAUUUAAAAUGAGAAUUACGGCUAAGGGCUCUGCUUUUUAACGGUGAGAACAACUUUCUUCGAUUCUUCUAGAUGGAGCAAUUCUAGGCCUGCUGUUCCGCUCCACAACUGGUGGCUUCUAAUCUCUCUCAUUAUUAAGGAUUCUACCCAUUUCCUUCUUUCUUCUAUUUUUGGAAUCACUCCUGUCAAAGGUAAGUUUUCUUGUGGUUAGUACAGAGUGUGUAUAUUACAGUUUGGUGAGUUUGCUCGAUGCCUAUCUUGUGAUUAAUACAAAGUGUGUAUUACAGUUUGGUGAGUUUGCUCGAUGCCUAAUUUUGUAGUUUUUUACAUCAUUAAGAUUUAGCAAAAUUGGAUACGAAGUGGGUACGAUAUAUACAAAAUGGGAUGCAAAUUGAAAAAGAAAUUGGGGCUUUGAAUAUAUAAUUCACUAUGAAGGAUGUUUACAUUAGGAUUAGAAAUUAGUUAUUUAAGAGCAUUUGGGAAACAGUUAUCCAUGGAUAAACCGAUUUCCCAUUGGGGCGGGUAUGGUUCAAAUAAAAUUACCCGAGCGGGUAAUGAGGCAGUUUUGGGGUAAACAUUUAUCCAACCGAGCGAUUUCGAUUUUAUGUGUACCCGUCCUCGAUCCGUCCCGUUGCCAUCCCUACUCAUAAGGGCAUCUCCAUCCAUAGAAUUAUUUAGAGAUUAUUUUGAUGAUAUCAAAUUCUAAAGUUGGAUUAUUUAAAGAUUAUUUCCAACUUUUAGACAUAGGAUGUUUUUACUUGGAUUGUAAUUUGCUGGUCUGGUCUGAUCUGGUCUGUACUGGUUUGGUCUGGUUUCUUUGUAUUUUUAUAACUAUCCAAGUCUGGUCUGAACUGAGCUGGUCUGGUCUGGUCUGGAACGAAUUAUAGUCCAAGUAAAAACAUCCAUACUCAUAAAUAAGGUGAUGACUAGGUGCAUGGGCUUACUCCAAAUGACUAAGGAUGUUUUUACUUGGACUGUAAUUUGCUGGUCUGGUCUGUUUUGGUCUGGUAUGGUCUGUUUUGGUCUGGUCUGAAAUUUUAUUUUUAUAUUUUUUACAUAAAGAUUUUAUUUUUUAUUUAUAUUAU